UCUAACGGGAGACAGAGAGGAAGAUUCAGGAAAUCAGACGUUUCCUGCGAACCUUCUGCCAUAGCCACCAGAACUCUUGGAACCAGUUCCUAGGCUGGGCCGAGUACGCACAGAACUCGCUUUCGCCAACCAUCCACUGGAUUCACUCCCUUCCAGUGCAUCCUCAGUUACCAGUCUCCCCUAUUUCCCUGGUGGGGGGAACCAUCUGAUGUCCCAUCUGUCGAUUACUGGUUCCGAGAGGGUCUAGGACGCAGCUCAUCAUCAGCUUCAGCGGGCAGUGCGCAGAACCAAGACGACAGCAGACCUUCGUAGGGCUGAAACUCCAUCAUACCAACUUGGUCAGAAGGUCUGGCUGUCCACCUGGGACAUCAGGAUGCGCCUGCCCUGCAAGAAGUCCCAGAUACGUUGGCCCCUUUACCAUCAUCAAGCAGAUCAAUCCAAGCCUGUCCCGACAGAGGAAUCCCCUCUCCCGUUAAUCCAGGAGGACGGCACCAUUUAUACAGUCAACAAGAUUUUGGACUCCCGGCGCUGUGGUGGUCUCUUGGAAUAUCUUGUGGAUUGGGAAGGCUAUGGGCCAGAAGAAUGGUCAUGGGUCCCCAGAGAUGACAUCCUCGAUCCCACAUUGUUGGAAGCCUUUCACUCCACUCAUCCAGAUCGUCCUGGACCUCGAGGGAGAGGUAGACCACCACGAAGUCAGGGUCCUCUGGAGCGGGCCGUGGAGGAGGGGAUACUGUCACAGAUCGGCCAGGCUCAUCCAUCACCCAAUCACAAUGCACAUCGUCACCUGAGUAUUAACUGCACGCAUCUGUUUGGAAUCAUCACUCUCAUCAGGACUCCUUCAUAAGCACACACCUCACUUCACUCAGUGUCCGGUCUCGUUUCUACGAAGUGGACUCACUCUUAUGCCUUUCAAAUGCCAUUCAGAAAUACUUGCCUUGUGUACUUACCCUUUGUGUCUCCUCCAGUGUGUGUCUCUGCUCCUCGCUCCAACGUCAGUUCCAGGUGCCUUCUCCUUGUGGAUCUUGUCACCACUUCUAGUCAGAGGUGUGUGCUAUCUCCAGUCUCCAUUCCAUGAUCUCCUGCGAAACAAGGUUAUACUCCCCCAUCAAUCCACAAACUGUUCCAUUGCCCUUGACACUCA